AUGUCGUAUUAUUUCGCAAUCGUUGGAACGCAGGAUAAUCCUCUCUUCGAAUAUGAAUUUGGAACUGCGAAACAGGGUGGUGAUGGGAUCGCCAGGUUUCCCGAACAGGCCAGACAUAUGAAUCAAUUUAUUGUUCAUAGUAGUUUGGAUAUUGUCGAGGAGGUGCAAUGGGGUGGUGGACAGAUGUAUUUGAAAUGCAUCGAUCGAUUUUACAAUAAUUACGUCUCAUGCUUCAUGACAGGCGGAAAUGUUAAAUUCAUGCUCUUACAUUCUCCCUCUCAACCUGCAAACCCAACGACUUCAAGAACCUCCACAUCAAUCGGAGCAAAUCCUACUUCGCCUCAGACAGAAGAAGCCAUUAAACAAUUCUUUACGGAAGUUUAUGAGAAUUGGGUAAAAACGAUUAUGAGUCCAUUUUACCAGGUCAAUCAACCAGUUACGAGUCCGGUGUUCAGGGGACGGGUUGCGGCGGCGGGGAAGAAAUAUUUGUGA